GCUCGUGUAGUUCCGGGUCCCCGGUCGCGCCGUUUCGCAGCACUGAGGCGGGCUCGCGGCAGGACUACAGCUCCCUGCAGCCCUCGCGCUCCUUGACAACGGCGCGCGCGGGGUCCCUGCUCCUGGAGGCACCGCGCCCGGCGGCACCGCUGGGAACGGGAUGGGGAGCGCCGGGAACAGCCAGGGACGGGAGCGGGAGCGGCGGGGACAGCCGGGGACGGGACCGGCAGCGGCGGUGCAAGGCAGAUGUGGCCGAUUCUCCAUGGUGAAGAUGGUCAGCCACAGAGAACUUAUUGCACUAAUUGUGCAACAGCUUAACAAAUUUAACCCUGAAAGUCAGAGCGUGGAGGAUUUCUUGAGUGAAUCAGCUAUGAUAUUGCAGACUCUUAAUGUGACAGAAGAAAAAUUUGUACUGGAUACACUAGCAGGAUGCACAGAAUAUAAAUCCAUAUUGGAUGUGGUGGUCAAUGCCUUUUAUGUUCAGGAUGGGAGAUACUGCCCCAUUUCUGAGCGUAAUCUUUAUAUAGUUAUCUGUUAUCUAGCUACUUUUCAACUAGAAGAGAUUGGUCUUCAGCACUUCAGUAGAAUUGUGAAAUCCUUGGACACUGCAAAAAUGCAACAGUUUCUUAGGUUCUUCUUCAAUGACUUGUAUCUGAACACAUGGAUAAAAGAUGAAUGGGGUCACUUCUACGAUUCAGUGUAUGUUAAAGAGAACUGGAUUGAUCCACUGCUAAGGUGGCAGCCGAAAGUGCAGCAACUGAUUGAAAAACUCACAGACAAAUUAAGUAAUCGUACCACCACUGUCAAGACUUCGAGAGUCACUCGGCCAAAGGAAUUUAAUUUGACUGUACCCAAGCCACGUGCCAUUCCUCCACCUACACCAGCAUCUCUGCCAGUACUGCCAAAAAGACAACCUGUUCCUCCAAGCAUCUAUAAGCCUCCAAAGGAAAGAAAGCAACUAGAGGAAAUCAAAACAAAAAAUAUUCAAAAAGCAAAAGAUCUGCUCCUGGAAGCAAAUACUAAGCAGUUCAGGUGUGCAACCAUCAAGCCUGAAAAGAGAGAGAACAUACAUGACAGUAUGGAGAGUAAACCAGUGUUCAAAGCUCAAAAGAUCCAAAGCAAGAUUGACAAUAUACCCAUUAAAUUAAACACAGCAGCUAUUUUGAGGGAGGGCGCCCUCUACCAGCGCAAAUUGGAAGAGGAGCUCAAAAGAGUUGAAAAUUUGCAACAAGGGGCUGGAGACCCAUCUGAAUUCUUGGAAUGGCAGAAACAGAUGCGUGGAAAAGAUUUGGAAGAACAACUGGCUGAAAUAGAGUGUAGGAGGCUUCAAGGAAAACUGAGUUAUGAAGAGGCAGUUCUAGCCCAUCAGAAUGUAAUCCAAGAAAACAAGAAGAAAGCUGAUCUAUUGAGAGAAGAGAAAACAGAGCUGAUGCACCUGUAUGCAGAGAAACGUCUACAGGAACAGAAAGAAAUGAAAGAGCUGGUGGAACAGGUCAUGGAAGGACACAAGAAUGUAAAGCAAGUGAAAGCAAAGAUCCAGGAAUACAAACAACAGAUAGUUCAGCGGGUUUGUGAAGAAAGUGGAGAACUUCUCCGGAAAGCUUUAGAAGAAAAGGAGGAGAAGAAUAGGAAAAGAUAUGAACUAAUUCAACAAAUACGAGCUAUUGAGUCUACACCUAGCAUCAGACAAAAGUUUGUUGAUUUAACAGAGACUGGUGGCCAUGGUUUAUUUGGUGAAAUGUCAAUAGUGGAACUACGUGAACGCCUCGCCUUACUCAAGGAAGAACAGAAGGCAGCAGAGGAAGAGAAAAGAGAUCAGAUAAUUCAUGAAAAACAAGCUAAGGAACAACUUAUUCUAGACAAACUGGACCAGAUUUCCCAAUUCAGAGCAGAACUUGGACGAGCAGCUGCUUUAAAGCAAGAAGAAAAGAAAAAGUCCCAGUCUGGUGAAAGGCCCAUGAAAGAUGAACGCAUAUUAAACCUGCAGAAGAAGAUUGUAGAAAAAACAAUGGAGCGUAAAAAGCAAGCAGGACUCUUGAAGAUUAGCCCCCAGAAAACCAGAAUCGUGUCAAGCAAGGAUUCUUUUCAAUGGAACCAUUGGAAAGAACUGGAAGAGAGUCGGGAAAGACAGUUCAGAAUCCUUCAGCAUGGCUUCAUGGACAGAGAGGCAGCUCAGAAAAGGGAGCUCAUUGCAGCAGCAAGAAGUGGAGCCAAAGCCUGUGUACUGCGCUCUGAUCUGAAAUAAGAUACAUUUGGAACAAAUUCAGGCCUGCUGGAAAUAUCCCAGUGUACCUAUUUACUAAAAAGGUUGAAUUGUAUUCUUUAUUUCACCUUUACAGUGUGAUUAGAAAAAUGUGGGUCUUACAGGCACAGUAGAAUAAAAAUGUGCAGGGGGCUUUAAUAUAAUUUAAUUUUCUUUUAUAAUGAUAAAAUGAUUAAUUAUAUAAUGAUUUUUUUCUGCUAGAAUCAAAAGCUUUAAGAAACUUUAUCAUCAGAGGUCCUACAGCAUAAUAGCAAAUAUCUGUGUAAGAAUGUUGAGACCUGUAUUUGUGGUUUUGUAUGCUAUGCCAUGGUUUGCUACACUCAUUUUUCCAAAAGAAUAAAAAUGAGGGCAAACCCCAAGGCAUAUUCGUUUACAUUAUGAAACUUUUCAGAAGGCCCAAGUUGGUCAGCCCAAGUUCCUAACAUGCCUUCUUACAUGACAGUAACUAUGUAAGAGGAUUGCCAGUUUCAACACUAUUUUAGAGGAUGAGGGGAAAACUGUUUAGAAGGUUUAGAUUAUGUGAAAGCAUCCAGAAGUCAGAGUCUAGAUUCAGUGACCCAGGCAGGCCAUCUCUCUAUUUGCAGAUGUAAAUUUCUUCAGUCUUUAAGCAGUACAAGGAGAACAUAACAUUGAUCUCUUUAGGGAGCUGCUUCCAGAAGAAGUAAAAAUUCUGUUACUCACCUAGAAGAUAAUUUGCCCUCUGACAAUUUCUAUACUGUGUAAAACAGCCUUUAAAUUACA